AUGGGUUUAACGAGGAACAGAAGAAAAACGGACCCAGAAAUCGUCAUCGCUAGAGAUACAGAUUCCGAGUCAAGUUCGUCAGAAGAGGAAGAAGAAGAAGAAGAUAAUUACCCUGUGUCGGAGUCGGAGGAAGAAGAAAAACCGGUCAAAAAUGGAGGGAAAAUUGAAUUGGAGAAGAGUAAAGCGAAAGGGAAAGCGCCCAUUACCGUCUGUAAACAGCCUGGACAUGAAGCUGGAUUUAAAGGAGCAACGUAUAUCGAUUGUCCUAUGAAACCUUGCUUCUUAUGUAAAAUGCCUGGUCACACAACAAUGUCAUGUCCUCAUAGAGUGGUUACUAGCCACGGAACACUCCCAACUUCUCAUAGGAACACAAAGAAUCCUAUGGAAUUUGUGUUCAAACGCCAACUCCAACCGAGAAUCCCACCGAUUAAACCAAAAUAUGUGAUCCCGGAUCAAGUCCACUGUGCGGUUAUUAGAUACCACAGCAGACGUGUCACAUGUUUGGAGUUCCAUCCAACAAGGAACAACAUUCUUCUCUCUGGAGAUAAGAAAGGGCAAAUUGGAGUGUGGGAUUUUGCUAAAGUCUAUGAGAAGAGUGUCUACGGAAACAUACACUCCGUACAAGUUAAUAACAUGCGGUUUAGUCCCACAAACGAUGACAUGUUUUACUCAGCAUCCUCUGAUGGGACAGUUGGUUAUACAGACCUCGAAACUGGAACUUCAUCAACUCUUAUAAAUCUCAACCCGGACGGAUGGCAGGGCCCUGAGAGUUGGAAAAUGAUGUACGGUAUGGAUAUAAACUCGGAGAAAGGUCUAGUGCUAGUUUCUGAUAAUUUCGGGUUUCUUCACAUGAUCGACCAACGUUCCAACAACACGACGGGCGAGCCAGUUUUGAUACACAAGCAACGGACCAAAGUUGUUGGCCUUGACUGCAACCCUGUUCAGCCUGAGCUUCUUCUCAGUUGUGGCAACGAUCACUUUGCAAGAAUAUGGGAUCUGCGUAAACUGCAAAGUGGAGAUUCUCUUAACGAGCUUAAACACAAAAGAGUAGUCAACUCUGCUUACUUCUCUCCAUCAUCAGGCACGAAAAUCAUGACGACCUGUCAGGACAACCGUAUUCGGAUAUGGGACUCUAUCUUCGGGGACUUGGACUCGCCGAGCCGAGAGAUUGUUCAUAGCCAUGAUUUCAAUCGGCAUUUGACGCCGUUCAAAGCUGAAUGGGAUCCUAAGGAUACGUCUGAGUCGCUGAUUGUGGUUGGUCGUUACAUCAGUGAAAACUACAACGGAGCUGCUCUUCACCCGAUAGAUUUCAUUGAUUCAAGCAAUGGACAGUUAGUUGCAGAGGUUAUGGAUCCGAACAUAACAACUAUUACUCCGGUCAACAAGUUGCAUCCGCGUGAGGAUGUUUUAGCCUCAGGAAGUUCGAGGUCGCUUUUCAUUUGGCGGCCACAAGAGGAGAAAACAGAGAUUGAAGAAGAGAAAAAGGACAAGAGGAUUAUCAUAUGUUAUGGUGAUAGCAAGAAGAAGGGAAAGAAGCAUAAGCGUGGUAGCGAUGAUGAAGAUGAAGACGACGACAUGUUUAGCUCUAGAGGAAAAAACAUUAAAUUGAACAAGACUCAAGUUAAAACAACGAAGUCCACUCGGAAGACAAAAACUUAA